AUGCUUUGUCCCCUCAGGUUGUCGAGUUGCCGUUUGGGGCUCAGGGUCGGAGCCCAGAGCAGCCAUCACAAUAGCGUCCAACAGCUGGAACGCCAGCGGCAGCCCCGGGGAGGGGCGGGAAGAUGGACAGGAGGGAAUGGACAAGAGUCUGGACAAUGAUGCCGAGGGGGUGUGGAGUCCAGACAUCGAGCAAAGCUUCCAGGAGGCACUGGCGAUCUACCCCCCCUGCGGCCGGCGGAAGAUCAUUCUCUCGGACGAAGGCAAGAUGUACGGUCGCAAUGAAUUGAUCGCGAGAUACAUCAAGCUACGGACGGGGAAAACACGGACGAGAAAACAGGUGUCCAGCCACAUACAGGUUCUAGCUCGGAAGAAGGUGCGGGAGUACCAGGUUGGCAUUAAGGUCUCUAGCCACUUGCAGGUUCUAGCCAGACGGAAAUCUCGCGAGAUUCAGUCCAAGCUGAAGGCCAUGAACUUGGACCAGGUCUCGAAGGACAAGGCCCUGCAGAGUAUGGCCUCCAUGUCAUCCGCACAGAUCGUAUCCGCCAGCGUCCUGCAGAACAAACUCACCCCCCCUCCUCCUCUUCCUCAGGCUGUCUUCUCUGCUGCCCCCAGGUUUUGGAGCGGGUCUAUCCCAGGACAGCCUGGACCCUCUCAGGACAUUAAACCAUUUGCACAACCAGCCUACCCCAUCCAGCCACCAAUGCCUCCAUCACUAGCCAGUUACGAGCCCCUGGCUCCUCUCCCGCCAGCUGCCUCGGCCGUGCCCGUCUGGCAGGACCGCACCAUCGCCUCCACUAAGCUCCGGCUCCUUGAGUACUCCGCGUUCAUGGAGGUGCCGCGGGAUGCUGAAACGUAUAGCAAACACCUCUUCGUGCACAUCGGGCAGACGAACCCCUCCUACAGCGACCCCCUGCUGGAGGCUGUGGACAUCCGCCAGAUCUAUGACAAGUUCCCCGAGAAGAAAGGGGGCCUGAAGGAGCUCUAUGAGAGAGGGCCCCAGAACUCCUUCUUCCUUGUCAAGUUCUGGGCGGAUCUGAACAGCACGAUCCAGGACGGUCCUGGGACCUUCUAUGGCGUAAGCAGCCAGUACAGCAGCACAGAGAACAUGACUGUCACUGUCUCCACCAAGGUGUGCUCCUUUGGGAAACAAGUCGUCGAGAAGGUAGAGACAGAGUACGCACGGCUGGAGAACGGCCGGUUCGUGUAUCGAAUCCAUCGGUCCCCCAUGUGCGAGUACAUGAUCAACUUCAUCCACAAGCUCAAGCACCUCCCAGAGAAGUACAUGAUGAACAGCGUCCUGGAGAAUUUCACCAUCCUGCAGGUUGUUACCAACAGGGAUACCCAGGAAACCUUGCUCUGCAUAGCCUUUGUUUUUGAGGUGUCCACCAGCGAGCAUGGCGCCCAGCACCACGUGUACAAGUUGAUCAAAGACUAGAGGCCCGUGAGAUGGGCAGGGCACGGGGGGAAAAGGUCUUUCCAGAGAAGCUGACCAUGCGGGACUGCCUCCGUGGAAGUCUUUUGAAAAUGAAAAAAAGAAAAGCCAAAAAGACUGACUCACAAUCAAAGAUGUGUUCUACGUAGGAACAAUUUAAAAAAAAAAAAAGAAGAAGAAAAAGAAACCAGUGAGCUAAAGGAGGGAGGGUCACCUGUCGCUGAAAGGGGAAAGGCGUGGCCAUCGACGUCGCUGCGGCCCACCACCCAUGUGCCUUUCCCAGCAUGCUGCCACAUAGACCGACAACCCCUUCUUAAUACCCAGACGCGCUCCCUUCCUCCUCGCUCAGACAGCAACGAUCAUGUGCCCGGCCAGCUCUGCCUGGCUCGGUCGUGCCGAGUGGAAUUGAGUGGGUGGUGCCAAAAUGGCCUUUUGGAGUGGGAUGAGGAAGCGGAUGCUGCCUGGUUUAUCCAGCAGGAUGUGCUCUGGUCUGGAAAUGGGCGAGGGAAAAGGAGGUGUGCGCAAAGCCAGCAUCGCCUCCAGAGACGCAGGUUGGCUCUUUGCAUAACAUCCCUGUCCUCGGUUGCGAGAGGGAAUAGGGACUGGUGUUAUCAUGGCAGUGACACUGAAUACUGGAUUUGUCCCAGGAGUGCAAUGAUCUUACAGUGCUGUCCCCUGGUGGUAGGGCUAUGGAGGCACCGCAGCCAUGUGCCUGGCAUUAUGAAUAGGACGCUCGUCCCCUGGCAGUGUCCCAAGUGUUGGGAAGGUAACGGGAGUGUGGCUGCAUCACUUUAGAGAGUGUAUUGAACCAGUUGGGAGAAGGGGAUGUGGCUGUUUGUCGGAGCCGGUGAUGGGAGGAUGAGAAGGUAACAGAGGGGCUGGAAGGGACUCAACUGGAGAAGAGUAUCUAGGAAGCUAUGGAGACAGCUGUACCCAGACAAGAAUCCAAGAGGGCUAUGUGCCAGCAAGGCUGCUUGGGGAAGUCCCAGGGCUAGGAAAAGGGUAGGAGAACCCGGGAAGUUCUCAAACAUCUCAAGCGACUGGAAGCUUUAAGCAACUCUUGCUGAUGCUUUGCAUCUCACUUCAUGGGAGAGAAGCAGGGAAAGCUUAGACCAAACCCUGAAGGUUAGUUUAGCAGGGUAUUAAUGUUCCCUGCCAAGCCCCGUUGCAGACGGGAACAAUCUGGAAAGCAGGCAAUGGAGUGGGGUCUACCUGUUCACCGCAGUGGAACCUUAUAACCUACCCUUGGUGAACCCCCUUUACCAGAUCCACCAACGGUGUAAACCACACACCUCUAUGGACUCGCGUGGCUGUGACAAGAGGGAAGGUGGGGAUGUGAUUUGGGUAGAGCUUAAAGGGAUACUGUUGAAGGUCCAAAAUUUAGGAUUUGCAUUUUAAAGAGGCCCCGGGGAGAGUUGUCAAAACUUGAAUGGAAAUUUUUUUUCCAUAAUUUUUUAACAUUAAGUUUUAGAAUAUGUAUUUUUUUAAAAAGAGAGUGUGUCUUUAAUCGGAGUUGAGCUCUCCUGCUCCUGCGGGGUUUGCAGCCCAGCCUUAUGAAAGUGACUAGAACCCAUGUGAAACUGACUUGUGUAUUGUGUGUUCAGAGGCAGGAAAACAAAAAAGAUGCAAAAUGGGUUUGGAAAACAUCUGCUUUUCCUGACCUCCCGGGCUGUUGGUUAGCAGUGCUGGGAAUGACUUUAGGGGGGUAUUUUUAACAAAAAAUCGGGACCCAGUGCUACGUGUCUGUACAGCACCUAGCACAGUGGGGCCCUGCUCUCAGCCAAGACCUCCGGGUGCUACUGUAAACCAAACAGGAAUAAAAGGUGAUCUACGUCCUUACCUCCCGCUGAAGUCGGUAGGAGUUUGGGCUCUCUCUACCAUCCGGGCUUAGGCCCGGGUGUUUUUACUCAGUACUGUUCCUCUAAGUAUUCUUUUAUGGCUUAAUAGUCAGUAAUAGGGAAAUGGCAACAGCAUCGCUUUUUCCCACCCUAGUUUUCAUAUGUAAAUUUCCCACCUCUUCCUCUUAGGUUUUUUCUGUCUGACUUUUUUCAGUUUAAAUGUUUCCUUUGUCCCAUUUGCUUCCCAGCACACCUCUGCCACUAAACUGCCUCUUCUGUGUCCUGUCCAGUCCCGGAUGAGGGACGUGGCUUUUCCACUGUGGGGUCCUAUCCUGGUGCUGGAAAUGGAGCAGUUCAGGCUUUCCUUGGAAAACGUUGUUACUAAUGGGGAAGCUACCUGGGGUUCAUUUGCGGGGGGGGGGAGCACUAUUGCAAGAGGGAGUGAGGCGUCACUAAGGCAAGUGAGGCUGGAGGAGGCUGGAGCAAGAGAGAAAUUUCUGCCAUGAAGAAGGUGAAUGGAAGGGCUUGCUAGUACACGUCCUCAUGGCUGCAGUCCAGAGGUCCUAGAUGCCUGGCUAGAUUAGCUUGUAGGUCUGAUCCCAGCUAGGCUGCUGCAGUAGGAGGCCUCAGUGCUAGAAAAUAUCUGUCUCCUUGGAGACUCCAGAUCUCUGGAAAGGGGCCCAAAGAGCGCGCGAGAGGGUGGGGUCUUUGAGAUGGUGUCGGAGGGAAGAGACUGGCCAUAUUGGGCAGACGGCGACUGUGCAGCUCUCAAGAGUUUGGUGUGUGUACGUGUCAUAGAUGCAGUGGAAGGAGAGCGGGGGGGGGGGCAUGGUCCUUAGGGUCCUCUCUUCCUCCCCCAUCAGUCUGCAGGCUUCUCUUCCUUUCUCUGUCUUCAGAACGGGGCCUGCGCUGCAUGAAGGGGGCCAAGUGGGAAUCUCAUAGACCUUUGAGUCCUACUGCAUUGUACUACUUCCUGAACAGCUGGGUUAGUGGCUUGUCUUCCUCCCACCCUCCCUCUUGGGAGGAGAGUGAGAGCAGUGAUGGGCUGAGGAGGCAGAAGGGAGGGGAAGGGGCUGUCACGGAGACUAACGUUUAAUUGCUUCAUAACUGGACCUGGCCUUGCUUUCAAGGGGCUGAAUCUUCAGUUUUGACUCAUCUCUUCUUCCUUUUUAUUCCCCUCUGCUCGACUAGGGAUUGAUUAGCACGUUGUUCUCCUGGCUGGAGGCCCUGACACCGCCUUCGUACCAAGUGCACAGUUAUUGUGUAGGUAGGUAGGUAGCCAAGCUAUGGGCCUUUGAAUCCAAUAUGGCGGCCCUAGGCACCGCUGUCUGAGAGUCCAGUAUGGUGGCCAUGGGAAAAGCCAAUAUGGCGGCCAUGGGUGCUGCUGUGUGGGGAUCCAAUAUAGCGGCCAUGGGAAAAGCCAAUAUGGCGGCCAUGGGUGCUGCUGUGUGGGGAUCCAGUAUGGCAGCCUGAGUUUUUUGUGAUGGGGAAGCUGUCAAGAGCAUUGAGGGAAUUGUGAAGAGGAUACAGGUUCCCAUGCCUUGAAGGAAAUUACAGUAUGCGUUGGUCUAAGUUUUUCUAGUACAACAUAAUUAACUAUUCUAAUAACAUUGUGACUGGUGCUUCCGGGGGGCGUCCCCCUUCCCCGGGGAGUCUUGAUGGAUGCUCCCAUGCCCGUGGGAGCCCGAGGAGCCAGUGGGAGCAUUGAGAGGACAGUGGGUCGCAGAGCCAGAGCCGUAAUACGGCAAAGCCCAGUGCAUUACUCCGGGUACAUACCUUGCUGCAGACAGUACACGGCAGCACUGGGGGCAAACAGGACUGACAGUAUGUGGAAUUCAGAGCAAAGGUGCAUAGAGACUCGCCAGGACUGCAGCUCCUCCACCCCCAAGUUAUUCUGAGCUGUGGUUUCCCCGGGUGGAUAGAGCAAAUAUCCCAGGCUCCCUGCCCCCCUUGGCGUGGGUGAUAGUGCUGGGAGAGUAGCUGUUCCCCAGAGUGGCACAAGCUUUCUCUGGCUGGUUCUCCUAGGCGGAGCGCACUGACGUCUGACUGCUUCGGCGGUGGGGUGGGAAACAGCUGGAGUCACUGAUGGGAAGAGGAGCUGCCGUCUGUGAGGUUCGGGAGGGGGAGAACCUUGAAUCCUCAUAAUCCCAGGCGACUCUCCCUGGCUGGGUGGUUAGUAGGUAGCAUGUUCAUUUCUUUCACUCACAGAUCUAAAACUCUGGGACUGAGGUUCAGCCCUCAACUUUUCCAAGCAUCCCCCCCAUGCAGACACACUGCAAUGCCCCCUCCCCUUCCCUUUCCUAAGCCUGCCUUCUAGCGAGGGGCACGCUAUAUACACUCCUGGGGCAGGAUCCAGUCCCCUCACUCAGGUGAGGGUGGGGGGCGGUUACUCCGCUAACUGACUUGGGCUUUAUAAACACCCAAUAUAACCCCCCUUCCCCAUUGUUUUAGCCCCACUGGGCUGGAGCCCCGUUUGAAAGAAUCUCUUCUUAAACUGGACUGUUUUGUUUCUUAGCCUUCACCUGCAGCCUUCCCACCUGCUUCCCUUGUAAUCUCAGAGCCUCAUGCAGUAGAUCCGCUGCCUCGUUCCCUGGCUGCAGAGUUCACACUCAUCCUCUGACCUCUGGUUUGCGGACACAAAUACACGCGCGCUGCCCGUUAGCCUGGCUGUCGCUCACCCCUAAAGGACAGCAGCAGAUGUCAAGUGCUUGGCUCUCCCCUAAUGGGACUUAAACAGGUACCCAGACACUCUUCAUUAAUAACCAGUCCCUUUCCUCUCCUCCUCCCUCAUGGUAUUUAUGAAUUUCACAUGAAGUACGGUUUUAUUUUUUUAAAGACUUUGUAAAGCUUACCAGGGUUAUGGUCACCAUUUGUAGAGCUGCGUCAGUCCACAAUGUAAAACCCCCUUUUUUUUAUGUAUUAUAUUUUUUGUGUAUUUUUUUAAUCCAGCUGUGAUGGGUUGUAUCAUAUAUUUGUUGUGUUGACUGUAUCUGUCCAACUUCAAUGAGAUGAGACAGUGGAGUUCCUAGAAGAAAUCUAUGGGUCUGCUGAAAACCAUUAAAAUUAUUUGUUCAUGGGUUGGCUCAA